UUUAUAUCUUCCCCUUAUUCUAUUAAAGUUUUUUAUAUUGAAAAAUUUCCCCCUAAUUUUCCGUUGUUCUCCCCACUGUACAUUUAUUUUCAGUUCGAAAUGUCACAGCCACAGUUGAAUCCAACCGUAUAAACUUCCUUCUGUGCUUCCAUUUGUGGCCACUCGUGGCUGUGCCACCUUCCUAGUUUCUUCAUGUCUUUUUCUAAAAAGACCGACACACGUCUUUUGACCCAUAAUGCACUGCAACACUGAAAAAUCCACAACUGUCAACCUGGUGUUUUUCAUUUGUGGCCCCCUGUGCCAUCCACAUUCACGUUCCUGCGCUUGGUUUCCCUCCCAGGCUCGACUCGCCUGUCUCACCUGUCGUCAAACCAGAAGAGACGUGACCCGUAUCACAGUGGCGGAGCGAGUGCCAGGCUGGAUUAACAUGAGUGUCGGACGCCAUAACAUAAUUGCUAGAUUAAUAAAUGCUCUAAUUGAAAUGAACUUCCAUCAGCGUUCAGCCCAAACAAGAUUCCAUGACUGUUGCCGCAGUUAGAUUAUAUUCUCACGUUACUCUUUUACUGGGCGACCAAAACAGAAGCAGAAUUUUUUUAACAGUCAGCUGGAAGCUUCUCGGCUUUUCAAGUUCGCAGCUGUCCCAAACACUCACUGACACACACACACACUCUGGGGCUGGUCGGGGUGUUCCCCCGCUGGCAGGACAGUUCCCAUUCUCCCACCUGUCCCAGCCUCAUUUUGGAAAGUUGUGAAGCGACAAAGUGGUGCUGAAGAAGAUCGGAGGUCCAGUCUGAAGGUCGGUCUCUGUCUGUAGUUCAUCAGGAGAAAUUAUUGGUUAACUAUAUGCAGAUAUGUAAUUCAAAUGCUGAUUUGAAUUUGUUUUUUUCUUCUUCAUUUUUGUCCUAAGACUCUUCUGCUGGUUCCAUUCCCAACAUCAAGAAGGAAAAAACAUCUUGCUCAAUAGCCUCCAUGGCCAAUUACGAUUCGCUGGAUGACAAGGACUCGGUGGAUAUUCACGACAACCCCCCGGCCCCUGAUAACGUGGUGAAAGAGGAGGACAACACGGUUUACUUCAUCUACGAUGAGGAGGUGGAAGAGGAGGAGAAGGAAGAGCCAGCUCCUGUGGAGCCCGUCCGACCAGUCAACGACCGACCUCACAAGUUCAAGGACCACUACUGCAAGAAGCCGAAGUUCUGCGACGUCUGCGCUCGCAUGAUCGUCUGUGAGUUCCAGUGGACUUCAAAAACGCUCAUCGUCGUCUCUCUCACGGAGGAUCUGUGUUUCUCAGUGAACAACAAGUUCGCUCUGCGAUGCAAGAACUGCAAGACCAGCAUCCACCACCAGUGUCAGUCCUACGUGGAGCUCCAGCGGUGCUUCGGCAAAAUACCUCCAGGAUUCCGCCGAGCCUACAGUUCACCUCUGUACAGCAGCCAACAGAACGCCACCGUCUCACAACUGCUGCCGUUUUCACAGUCCAACCGCACCGACCCUGUGUUCGAGACGCUGCGCAUCGGGGUCAUCAUGGCCAACAAGGAGCGGAAGAAAGGGUCAGAGGACAAGAAGAAUAUGAUGAUGAUGAUGGAUGAAGAUGAGUCUCAGCCGAAGCAGGAGGGUGAUGAAAGUGAAGGAGUGAACACGGACGGCGACAAGGCCCCAGCGGAUGACAAGAGUAAGAAACCCCAGCCUGGGAAGAUCGGCGUGUUCAGCCAGUCGCAUUACUAUCUGGCUCUGUAUCGCUUCAAGGCCAUCGAGAAAGACGACCUGGACGUCCACGCCGGCGACCGGAUCACGGUGAUAGACGACUCCAACGAGGAGUGGUGGAGGGGGAAGAUUGGCGACAGAACAGGCUUCAUCCCGGCCAAUUACAUCAUCAGAGUUCGGGCGGGGGAGCUGGUCUACAAGGUGACCAGGUCGUUUGUCGGCAACAAAGAAAUGGGCCAGAUCACUCUGAAGAAAGACCAGAUCGUCGUGAAGAAAGGUGAAGAAGUCAACGGCUACCUGAAGGUCAGCACCGGAAGAAAGAUGGGCUUUUUCCCCUCAAACCUGCUGCAGGAGAUUUGAGUUCGCGCUGAAACGUCUCUGUCACUUCUGUUUUCUU